AUGAACCCACAAAUGACCCCCAAGAAGCGAAAACAGCCGCACCUGUGCAGAUCAUGGAGCAGGCAAUUUUUCGUCGUGGAGGUCCCUGACCAAUCGCUCUCGCUUCACUCCCAGGCACUUUCCAGCAUAAUUGCAGCCCCAAGAAGCGAAAACAGCCGCACCUGUGCAGAUCAUGGAGCAGGCAAUUUUCCGUCGUGGAGCCCCAAGAAGCGAAAACAGCCGCACCUGUGCAGAUCAUGGAGCAGGCAAUUUUCCGUCGUGGAGGUCCCUGACCAAUCGCUCUCGCUUCACUCCCAGGCACUUUCCAGCAUAAUUGCAGCCGCCAGCCCGCGCGGUUCUUUUUCUUCGCGCGCGGCCCGUCGCGCUGCCCGCGCGCCUUGUGUGCUGCGCUCGACCCCCCGCGCCUUCGUCGCCGCGGUCGGGCCUGCAGCAACAGCCGCGGCAGAGACUGCAGUCGCGGCCGUCGCAACUGCUGCAGCAGCCGCCGCCGCCUCUCCUGCCGCGGCCGCCGCUGCAUCUACAGCAGCUGCAGCCGCCGCAUCUACUGCAGCAGCCGCCGCUGCAGCUACAGCAGCAGCAGCCGCCGCAUCUUCUGCAGCAGCCGCCGCUGCAUCUACAGCAGCAGCAGCUGCCGCAUCAUCUACAGCAGCGGCCGCCGCCGCAUCUACGGCAGCAGCAGCCGCCGCAAUCUACAGUAGUGGCCGCAGCAGCUACAGCAGCAUCAGCCGCCGCUGCCUCUGCAGCAGCAGCCGCCGCCGACCCAGCAGCAGCAGCCGCCGCCGAUCCUGCAGCAGCCGCAACCGCCGAGUCUACUCCAUCGGCCGCCGCCGGCCCUGCAGUCCCUACUCCUUCGACGCUGAGGGCCGCCCAGUGAAAUUUGACACCUGGCUCGAUGAUCUGCACCUUUUCCUACAGCUCACUGCCAAGGAAGACAUUUCACUGUACGACCACGCCCUAGGCCAUGCUACUGCCCCUGACUCCUCUGCUGCUAGCACACUGCGCUCCCAGUGGCAGACCCGCGACGCACACGCUCGCUUUGCUAUCCGCAACUCCCUGCCGCUAGAUGAGCGCGAGCACUUCGGCCAGUGCAAGACUGCUAAGGAACUGUACACAGCCGUAGUUGCUCGCUACUCCUCGCCUGCGUCUGCCACCCUAGGCCGCCUCUCCCUGCCCUACCUGUUCCCCGACCUGGCCUCCUUUCACACUGUCGCUGAUCUCAUCACCCACCUCAAGACUAGUGAGGCCCGUUUUCGCGCUGCUAUGCCUGCCGAGUUCCUUGCUAGCAACCCCCCCCCGCUCUGGCUCACCCUCUACCACAUUGUCACCCGCCUCCCUGACUCUCUGCGCACAGUCAGGGACUCCUUUCUAGCUCGCUCCCCUACUGAGCUCACCAUUGCCCUCCUCGAGAAGGACCUACUUGCAGCUGAGGCGAGCAUCGUCGCCGUAGGUGCCUCUCGUGGCGAGCCCCGCACCCCCUUCUUCGAGGGGUGUUCCCCUUCCCCCCUUCUCCCCUCUGUCGCCACUGCUGCUGCUGUUGACCUCCUUGGUGCUGAGAAGGUCGGGGCUGCGUCUGCUUCGAGCGGGCGCCGCAAGAGCAGGGGGGGCAAGGGUGGGGGUGGAGGCGGGGGAGGCGGGGGUGGAGACAGUGGAGGUGGCGGUGGGUCUGGAGAGGCUAGUGGCGGCAGUGGGGGUGGUGACAGCGGCGGCGGGGGUGGUGGCAGAGGCGGAGGUGGCAGCGGCGGCGGUGGCGGUCGUGGCCGUGGCAGGGGUGGAGGUGGCCGAGGCGGUGGCGGUGGCGGUGGUGGUGGUGGCCGUGGAGACGCUGGAGGUGGCCAGAGUCAGCAGCACGCCCCGACCCUCCAGGCCGCCCGUGAGUGGUAUGCGCAGCGUGGGUACACUUGCACGUACGUCAUCCGCACUGGUGACCGCACUGGCCAGCCAUGUGGGAGGCCGCACCCCACGCAGCGCUGCUUCCAGCGCCUGACUGACGCGUGGCGCAUCCAGUUUCCUGGGUCUACUGAGCUCCCCCGCUGGCCUGAGCUGGAAAAGAAGGGUGUUGAUAUCUGGGCUUUAGACUUUGAUGCUAUUCUCACUGCUAUGUAUGCGAUGUCUAUUAGUGGAGAGGGUGCCCAGUACUUGCGUGUUCCGCCCGACCCGGGCAUUCAGGCCAGCCCAGCUGCUGCUCUAGGUGCUAGUGUGUCUGCUCCCACAGGUCCUGCUGCAGCAGCUGCCCUAGGUGCUAGUGCGUCUGUGCCCCCUGGUACUGAGUCGACUGCAGCACUGCACACCUUCACACUGGACUCAGGUGCUUCUCGCUCUUUCUUUCGUGACCGCACUGUCCUUGAGCCACUAGCUCGGCCGGUUGCUGUCUCUCUUGCUGACCCCUCUGGGGGUCCGGUCAUUGCGACCUCCUCCACUACACUUCCGUGUCCAGCGGUUCCGUCCGGCACGCUCUCAGGUCUCUACCUCCCCUCGUUCUCUACGAACUUGGUGGCAGGUUGUGCGCUGCAGGACGGGGGUGUUCACCAGUUCACCCCUGCCUACGAGCGUGUGACACACUGCACGUGUGCUCGGACGGGCCGCCACCUGGCUACUUUCACUCGAGAGCCGGGGUCGGACCUGUACACACUGACCACUGAGUCCCCUCAGGUAGCUGCGUCUGCGUCUGCGUCAGGUCAGCUGUCCGCCCCCUGCUCGUGUCGCUCUCUGGCGCAUGAGACUGUCCUCUGGCACCACCGCCUUGGUCACCCGUCUGUGCAGCGCCUUCGGGCCAUGCACAAACGGGACCUUGUUGCUGGUCUUCCCAGGGUGCUCCCUCCCCUUCCCGACUCCCCUGCUCCUGACUGCAUUCCCUGUGUCGAGGGGCGGCAGCGCGCCGCUCCUCACUCCUCCUCCUUUCCCCCGACGACUGCUCCCUUGCAGACGCUCCACAUGGACGUGUGGGGCCCAGCCCGCGUCCGUGGUCAGGGUCAGGAGAGGUACUUCCUGAUAGUUGUUGACGACUACUCGCGCUACACCACGGUCUUCCCCUUGCGCGCCAAGGGUGACGUCCCUGGUGUUUUGAUCCCCUGGAUCAGCCGAGCCCGUCUCCAGCUAGGCAAGCGCUUUCACUCGGACUUUCCUGUCCUGCGCUUGCACUCUGACAGAGGUGGUGAGUUCGCCUCCGACCUCUUGGCAGCCUACUGUGCUGAGCACGGCAUUGAGCAGUCGUUCACGCUUCCGGCCUCUCCGCAGCAGAAUGGGGUCGCUGAGCGCCGCAUUGGCCUAGUCAUGGAGGUCGCUCGUACCUCCCUGACCCAUGCGGCUGCUCCCCACUUUCUGUGGCCGUUUGCGGUCCGAUACGCUGCGCAUCAGCUCAACCUCUGGCCCCGUGUCUCCUUGCCGGAGACUUCCCCGACUCUGCGGUGGACGGGAGAGGUUGGCGAUGCGUCGCGUUUCCGGGUCUGGGGAUCUCGAGCUUUUGUCCGCGACACGUCCGCGGACAAGCUCUCGCGUCGCGCCGUUCCCUGUGUCUUUCUUGGCUUUGUGCCUGACGCGCCUGGAUGGCAGUUUUACCACGUAGACCCGGGUGAGCCUGUCGAGGUAGCUGUUGACUCGCGUCCUGCGUCUGGGGGUGCUGAGCCUGGGGGUGCUGAGUCUGGGGGUGCUGAGUCUGGGGGUGCGGAGCCUGGGGGUGCUGAGCCUGGAGGUGCGGAGCCUGGCGGUGCGGAGCCUGGAGGUGCGGAGCCUGGAGGUGCGGAGCCUGGAGGUGCUGAGUCUGGGGGUGCUGAGUCUGGGGGUGCUGAGUCUUCGGGUGCUGAGCCUGAGCGUACUACACCUGGAGGAGCCCUCUCCUCCCAGCAGCUGCAGGAGAGGUACCUCGAGUACUGCCGCCUCCGGAGAGGUGCUUCUGGAGCUCGUCCCAGUACUUCCCCUCCUACCCAGGAGCUCCCCCCCAUUCAGGUGAUCCGAGAGUGGUACACACGGCGCUGCAGUCUUCGGAGUGGUGCUCCUGGUGCUGCGGACCCGAGCGGUGGCGCUGUUGCUGGUGCUGAGGACCCGGACGCUGGAGCUGCUGCUGGUGCUGAGGACCCGGGCGUUGGAGCUGCUGCUGGUGCUGAGGACCCGACCGGCGGCGCUACUGCUGGUGCUGAGGACCUGACCGGUGGCUCUGCUGCUGGUACUGAGGACCCGGGCGUUGGAGCUGCUGCUGGUGUUGAGGACCCGGGCGUUGGAGCUGCUGCUGGUGCUGAGGACUCGGGCGUUGGAGCUACUGCUGGUGCUGAGGACCCGACCGGUGGCGCUGCUGCUGGUGCUGAGGACCCGGGUGUUGGAGCUGCUGCUGGUGCUGAGGACUCGGGCGUUGGGGCUGCCGCUGGUGUCCCUGCUGGUUCUGGAGACGCUGCGCGGCCGCGACCGUACUUCGUACCGCUCCUUCAGCAGGUUCUUGGUCAGGCUCCUCCUCCUAGUCCUCCUCCCUCCGUCGAGUGUCCUCUGCCUGUCCAGCCGCAGUCACUGUUACCGCCUGCCUCGCCUCUCCCUGCUCCCUCUCCUUACGCUGGUCCCACAGGAGGUCUUACAGAGCGUCGUGAGCCUGAGUCUCGUCCUGCGUCGCCUGUUCGUACUACUCGCACUGGUCGUCGUGUCCCGCGUGAGCGUCCUCCUCCUGUCCCUGGCACUCACUACAUGACUUUGCGUCCCUCCACUGCUCCGCAGCGUGUCCCGCUGCCGUCUCCUCCUGCGUCCUCUCUUCCUACUCUUCCUGACCCGGAGUCUGACUCCCGUCGUGCGGCCAGUCCCACUGUUACGCGUCUCCUCGCUACAGUUGUCACUGACCCGACCUUUGAGUCCUCUGCUGCGUCUGCUCUGGUCGCUGAGUUGGUUGACUUUGCUGCUCGCUGUCGCUUAGACUACGCUGCCAGCCUUGUCGCUGAGUCUGAGUCUGCCUGUCCUCCGUCCGUCGGGGGUGAGAGUGCUCUUGGCACGGACGUCCUUGAGGACAGACAGGAGGAGUUCCAGUGCUUUGCUGCUGCUUUGCCCCAUCUCGUGUCCAUGCUUGUUGCCCCUGAGGGAGACCCGGAUGCACCAGACAUCCCGACCCCGCGCUCUUACGCUGAGGCGAUGGCGGGUCCCUACUCCUCUCAGUGGCAGACAGCCAUGGACGCAGAGAUGGCUUCCUGGAAGUCCACAGGCACCUACGUCGACCAGGUUCCCCCUCCUGGGGCGAACAUCGUCAGUGGCAUGUGGAUUUUCAGGGUGAAGCGGCCGCCGGGUUCUCCUCCUGUCUUCAAGGCACGCUACGUGGCUCGAGGCUUCAGUCAGCGAGAGGGAGUCGACUUCUUCCAGACCUUCUCCCCCACCCCGAAGAUGACCACUCUUCGGGUGCUGCUGCACAUAGCCGCUCACCGCGACUACGAGCUUCACUCACUUGACUUCAGCACUGCUUUCUUGCAGGGCAGCCUGCACGAGGAGAUCUGGUUGCGCCGCCCUCCUGGCUUCACUGGGUCGGUUCCUCCUGGCACCCAGUGGAGGCUUCAGCGGCCGGUCUACGGUCUCCGCCAGGCGCCACGUGAGUGGCACGACACACUGAGGACGACGCUUGCGGCUCUUGGGUUCGCUCCCUCUACUGCUGACCCGUCGCUGUUUCUACGCACCGACACCUCGCUACCGCCGUUCUACAUCCUCGUGUACGUUGACGACUUGGUCUUUGCCACUGCUGACACAGCGGCACUCGCCCACGUGAAGUCGGAGCUGCAGAGGAGACACACGUGCACAGAUCUGGGUGAGCUGACAAGCUAUCUUGGCUUGCGGAUCACCCGGGACAGAGCACGGCGCACCAUCACCUUGACUCAGUCACACAUGGUGCAGCAGGUUCUCCAGCGCUUCCGCUUCACGUACUCCUCGCCUCAGUCCACUCCUCUGCCUACCGGUCACUCGCUCUCAACUCUGCCUUCGGAUGAGUCCGUAGAGCCGAGUGGCCCGUAUCCAGAGCUUGUGGGCUGCCUCAUGUACCUGAUGACCUGCACUCGACCUGACCUUGCAUACCCCCUUAGCAUCUUAGCACGCUAUGUCGCUCCUGGCCGUCACAGGAAGGAGCACAUGGAUGCUGCUAAGAGGGUGUUGCGCUACUUGUGCAGUACGUCGGGCAUGGGGCUUGUGCUUGGAGGGCGAGACCGGGUUGUUCUCACAGGGCACUCAGACGCUUCUUGGGCAGACGACCAGGCUACUCAGCGGUCGUCACAGGGUUACACCUUCAGCCUUGGCUCUGGCUCAGUUUCUUGGCGUUCUACUCGUUCGUCUUCUGUUCUCAGCUCCAGUUGUGAGGCUGAGAUCUACGCCACAGCCAUGGCUGCUCAGGAGCUGCGCUGGCUGACCUACCUGCUGACCGACCUCGGAGAGCGGCCUCGUUCUCCUCCAGUGCUGUACGUCGACAACAAGGCUGCCAUUGCCUUGUGUGAGGAGCACAUACUGGAGCACAGAACGAAGCACAUUGCCCUGCGGUACUUCCUUGCUCGAGAGCUGCAGCAGCGCGGUCAGCUUCGUCUGCGUUACGUGGCCACUGAGGCCAACACUGCUGAUGUGUUCACCAAGGCACUCCAGCCUUGUGACCAUCAGCGCUUCUGUACUUUGUUAGGCCUUGUGCCUACUGGACCUCACUUGCUCACUUCUUGA